GCUAUAGAUGGCAAAGUUGUUCUCGAGCGUGAUUGCUUGAUGGGGGCGUUUACCUACAUAAGUCCUUUGAGGGUCUUUUAGCGUUUUAAAACCCUAGACCAUUCUGGCAAUGGUCUAGGGUAAUAGAAGAAUUUCGGAAGAAAACGUCGUACCUUUAGAUUACAAGUUUGAAACCGAAAUAAAAAGAAACAGAGCUGGCGGCUGGUCAAGCAGGCCCUUCUGGGUCUGGAAUUGCGCCCGUAACUCCGGGCAAAAGACCCGGGAGAAUGGGCAUUGCUGAUGAUAGCAGAGGUGUAUCACAAGGUCGACCCGAAACUACAAGAGGUGGAUUAAGAGUGUACAAAAUAGUGGUAUUGGGAGACGGGGGGGUUGGGAAAUCAGCUCUAACCCUACAGUUCGUCAACCAUAGGUUUUUGGAUUAUCACGACCCAACUAUUGAAGAUGCAUACCAACAACAAGCUGUAAUUGAUGGUGAAGCAUCACAACUGGAUAUACUGGAUACUGCGGGCCAGGUGGAGUUCACUGCUAUGAGAGAUCAGUAUAUGAGAUGUGGGGAAGGUUUUAUGAUAUGUUAUUCUGUAACUGACAGACACAGCUUCCAGGAAGCUGUUGAGUACCGAAAGUUGAUAAAUCGUGUAAGAGCCUCUGAAGAUAUUCCUCUAGUGCUUGUGGGAAAUAAAUUUGAUCUACAGCAUCAGAGGAAGGUCUCACCAGAAGAAGGCCGUGCCUUGGCAGCCCAAUUCGGGUGUCCAUUCUACGAGACAUCAGCAGCUUUACGACAUUUUGUUGAUGAUGCGUUCCAUACUUUAGUGCGUGAGAUUCGACUCAAAGAACGUGACAGACGUCAUACAACUACUAAACUGAAUAAACACAGUCGAUGGCGACGACUGCGCUCGAUACUUGCCAUCGUCUUUAGGCGUAAACGUAAUUUCUCUCAGUAAGAAAAUGGUUACACUCCCAGACAAACAGCUUUACAAUUAAAAUGGCAGAUACCAUUAGCAUUUUGUGUGUUCUUUUUAAGUCAUUUUCUUCUUCCUCCCUUUCUCUGUGAACUUAGAUUAUAGUGGAUAACUUUAAGAUCUCAUGAUUUUCGUGUCACUUUUAUGUAAUAUCAGGACAGUUGCUUUUGAUAUUCAUAUUUAUUUUGUUAAUAUUUUACAUCUGUGUAAAAAUGUAAUCAUAAUGAUGUUGUAUGUUACAACAUGGAAGUACAAAACAUCCUUUGUUGGCAAGUUUGCCAAUGUGAAGGAAGAACGUAUAAACUUAAAUACAUUUUAUAAUAAGGUUAAUUCAUUUUGAUUAUGUUUCAAUAAAACAUAAAAUAUUUGCUUAAAUGUUGGGUACUAGUUCCCAUUCUGGGACUUGCGUACAUAGAGAGAACCUCGAAUCUUCACUCUGAUCACUGAGGAAUGUAUAUGCAUAUGUAUCACAACAAUUGGCCAUAAGCAUGAAGUAUCCAGUUUACGUGGCUUUCUGAGAAGUAUAUUAACAUUAACCCUGAAGCGAAAAAUCCCACCAUGAAUUACUAUUGUAACUUGUAGGAAAUAUUUCCAAGCACAAUUUCAAUAGUUUUGUUGGAUAUUUUCUAUAUGAAGACAAUGUCAGUCUCUUAGUUUAAUUUGCAGUUACUAUAGUAUGAAAGUUUUGAUGAAUGAAGACCAGUUUCUUUCCCUCACCAUAUUCUGCUCACUGGAAAACUGAAAGUGAACCAUGGAAUUGUGAAUGUAAUUAGUGAAAUUUCAUGCAUGUAGUUUAACUUAUUGUACUAGCAUUUGGGUUGUGACUGUUCCUGCUGGUUGAAGUGAAGUACUAUGAAACUGGGUAGUCCGAAAAUAACAAUAAAAGUGAAUAUCAAUAAUAAAAAAAGUAUUGAUGGUAUCACAGAAUGGUUUUCAUACAACUGCUUAUGACGUGGAAUAAUGCUUUAAAUAAAACUGAAAGAAGUAACAUGCUAGUUAAAUUUUUCACGUAAUUUGAGUCAGUAAUAUCCUACAUUUCAGCUGUGACCAAUUACAUUUCAGUUAAAUUAAAUUAAAUUAAAUUAAAUGUGUACUUCAUCUGUCCAGUAGGCAUUCAAAAUCUAGUUUUCAUAAUUUUCUAUUUGAGCCUGCUGGGAAAUCCAUUUCACUAUUGAUGGGUGACAGCUCCAGACACAAAUAACAGUAUCAACUCCCAGUUAAAAAUUUAUCUAGUCUGGUAAUACAGUUUUCACUGUCAAAAGAAAAAUCCAGUACAUAUCUGUGGAAACCACAGAUUGCUGUUAAUACCUCCUUACUUAUUGAGAUUUUAUGUCUAAUUACAAGUAUUUACUCCUUCCCCGCCCCUGCAUAUUUUACUGUAUAAUAAGAUGGAUGACAAUUCAGAUGUAUUCAGUCAAUUUUGGUCAUGCAUACCGUCAGAAGAUAACUUUGUAAUUCAUAAAGAUAUGUUGCAAAUGGAAUCGAACUGAAAGUUAAAGAGUAAGAAAAUCCAUACAAUAAUUAUUUUUUUUAUUUAUUUUUUCCAAUUUCACUUGUUACAAGUAGAAGUUACUAACUGUAUGUAUGCUUGCAACAAAUUGUUCCACUAAUUCUCAGUUGUCUACUUCACCUUUUUUACAAACAUAUGAUUUACAAACAUUUCACAUUCAGUAGUUAUGUCAAAUAAAAUUUGGCCAACAAGAACAGCCAAGUAUGAGGACUGUACCUUGAGCUUGUGUUUCAGGCUGACAGGGAAAUUGCAUCACUUAGUUUUUCAUUUAGAUUCCAUCUUUUCUUCAGUCUCACUGUGUUUGCUUUGGUUCCUAUCAUUCUUGCCCGCAUUCUUCUUCUUGAGAUGCCAGUAAGAUUUAUUUCCUCAUAUAUUUCUGAAGAAAGAAUUUUUGUACCCGAGAGUUUGACAUUUGAAUUUAAUCUGUAAUGGUCUUUUAUCUAUUUCACUACCAGUGCUUGAAACAUUUAAAUGGAUAUAAUUUUUUUCCAUAAUAUGUUUUUAAUUGGAGACUCAGACUACUUUUAACCAUAAAUAUUCAGAAGUUUAACUUACUCAGCGUGACCAUUCAUAGGGAAACUGACAUCCACAUAAUUCUAGAAGUAUCACACUGAAAUGUAUGUCAAAGUCCAAUCUAAAAUCUAAAGAAUACGACUGACAUCCAUGUCAGUCAUGAUUUUCAUUUCUGUUUAAUUAAUGUUUUGAUUGUUUUGUUAAAACAGACCUCUAUUUUGAAAAAAAAAAAAUCUGUUGAAUGUGUAUCACUGUAUUAGCAAAAAACUAACAUUACAACUGAAUACUAAUUGACCUAGGCUGUGCCCUAAAUGAGUUGUGUUCAGAAUGUCACCCUCCCUAAUUUCCCUAAAUUUUCAUGACUGGAACAGUGUUGAACGUGUCAAUAAUAGAGUAUAUGUAUUUUGCAUUUGAGAACAUUGAUGUUACUGCCAAUGAAAAUAGCAUAACUUAGAGAAUAGUGAAAAAAAAUUGAAGCUAAAUCACAGUUAUCAUAGUUGAUACGGUAUACUAUGCAGAUUUGCUAACAUUAACAAAAAAGCUUAAGAAUUCUCAGUUUUUUAACAUUGAAUAACAAGAGAUAAAGGGAUAGAGACAAUUUGUGACUGGGAGAGCCAAAGAACUUGUUCCUUACUGUUAAGACAUUCCAGAAAGGUAAACUGUAAAGUCAAGUAUUGUAAAAAUAGACUCAAUAUCGUUUUAGCCCCUGUAGUUGCACAUCCUUUGCUUUCCUCGUCUUGGUCUUCUGCUGAUCAAUAAGUCUAAAAACGUAUUUUCUAAUCUCCUUAGGCCACUAUCAUGUAUGUUUCUCUAAUUUUCGAAUAAAUACAACUUCUUUUCACUACCUUUACUUUUUAGAUCUAAAUUGAGGUAUACAACUUUUCAUUCUAUCAUCAGGCACAGUGAUGAUAAUAUUUUUAAAUGAUUAUUUCAAUCUUAAUUUGAGAACAAUGGACCCAUACUUUUAAUACAUUUUGGAUCAAUUAUCAGCAUUCAUGUAAAUAAGCAGAAUCAUGUUUUCAGGCCCCUUGAUAAAAUAAAUUUAACUGCGCUUGAGGUUACCAUCAGUGCUUGCUAUUUCUUACAAAAUGAAUCUAAUUUUACAGCUGAGAAAUAAAAGAAUGAUUUCCAUCUUAAAAUCUAAAAUAUUUAUUGCAGACAACCAUUUUGUUGCAAAGUGUGGUGCUUUUUGUUAGUUUCAAUUCAUGAUUGAUUAAAGUUGCUGAAAACAAUGUAUUGGUAACAGGCCUAAGCUACUGUGAGUGAUGUAGUCAGUUGUUUUCAAGAAUGGUACCUAAAUGUCAUUAUUGUAACAACUUUCUUUGUUAUGGUAAGUAACACUAGUACCCUACAAUGAAUAUUUCACUUAUAACACAUGACAGUGGAGCCUAAGAUAUUAUAUGCAAGGAACAAAUUGUGAAAUGGAAAGAUAUAGUACUCUGUCAAGAUUACUCGUUAUACAACUAUGCAAUUACAUUAUUGGAUGUGUGAAACUGAUUGAUUGUUAUCAAAAAUUUUGCUUGUUAGUAGUGUGUACAGUAUUAGUUUUUACCUUACAUUACUAUGAGAAGGGGAAAACAUUAUCCAAACCCUAACAUUGAAACAAUUUGAAAUUAAUAAUUUGUGAAGUAUUUGCUUUAGUCACAAUGGGUCCAAUAACUGUUCCAGUAAAUGUGGCACUAAAAGUUAGUGCACAGAAAUACCUCUACUGAAUUGAUGAUAUUAAUUUACCUUUGUACUUUUGCAUAUUGUAAAUAUAUUGCUGCAGUGUAAUUAUGAUUAUUGACUUAUUUAAUACUGAUGUACAAAAUAAAAAUGAUUUUGUUGUUUUCUA